GGAAGGAAAGGAAAUGACAAGAAGCUGAGUAGAGAGAGAAAUAGUGGGUUUCUAGAUAAAGAGAGAGAAAGGGAGGUGGGGGCAAUUUCGUUUGGUUUUUUUUAGAGAGAAACUGAAGCAGACCCACUCCAAAGUGGAAGCUGAAGGAGUUUGAUGUGGGUGCAUAGGAUAAGCAGUGAGGAUAAAGGUUAAGGGCCCGUUUGAGGUGCGUAGGAUAAGCAAUUAAGUCUUUUUGAGGUCUCUUUCUCCGUUUCUCCUGUGCGUGUGGUAAUGGGGGAUGUGUUGAAGAUAUAACCUAUAAAAGGUUGAUUUGGUUUCUGGGUUCAGACUUCAGGGAGAGAUGGGUAGUGAUGAGCAUUUUAGAAGUGCGAGAGUAUUGGCUCUCGUUCUUUGUCUGUCGAGUCUGGUCUCGCUAACUUGCGCUGCUAGGUUGAGUGUCUCGCAGCACAAGCUUGAGGUGCAGAAGCACUUGAAUCUCCUGAACAAGCCUGCGGUUAAAAGCAUCAAGAGCCCAGAUGGAGAUAUAAUAGACUGCGUCUAUAUAUCUCACCAGCCAGCUUUUGACCACCCUUUCCUAAAAGACCACAAAAUUCAGUUGAGGCCUAGUUACCACCCUGAAGGAUUCUUUGAUGAGAACAAGGUCUCUGAAAAACCCAAAGAGAGAACAAAUCCAAUCACUCAGUUGUGGCACCAGAAUGGAAAAUGCCCUGAAGACACCAUACCAGUAAGGAGAACUAAGAAAGAUGACAUUCUAAGAGCCAGCUCAGUUAAAAGAUAUGGAAAGAAAGGGCACAGAGCCAUCCCGCAGCCUAGGUCUCCUGAUCCUGAUCUUACCACUCAAAGUGGUCAUCAGCAUGCAAUAGCAUAUGUUGAAGGAGACAAAUAUUAUGGAGCAAAGGCAACCAUAAAUGUUUGGGAACCCAAAAUACAACAGUCUAAUGAGUUCAGCUUGUCUCAACUAUGGAUUCUGGGAGGUUCUUUUGGUGAAGACCUUAACAGUAUUGAAGCUGGUUGGCAGGUCAGUCCAGAUCUAUACGGUGAUAACAACACCAGGCUCUUCACUUACUGGACUAGUGAUGCAUAUCAAGCUACUGGUUGCUACAACCUCCUAUGCUCAGGCUUUAUACAGAUCAACAGUGAAAUUGCAAUGGGUGCAAGCAUCUCACCAGUUUCUGGCUAUCGCAAUUCCCAAUAUGAUAUCAGUAUACUUAUUUGGAAGGAUCCAAAAGAAGGGCAUUGGUGGAUGCAGUUCGGUAACGACUACGUAUUGGGUUAUUGGCCUGCGUUCCUCUUCUCAUACUUAGCAGACAGCGCUUCCAUGAUCGAGUGGGGAGGAGAGGUGGUGAAUUCAGAGCCAGAUGGUGCACACACCUCAACUCAAAUGGGUAGCGGCCAUUUCCCUGGAGAAGGGUUUAGUAAAUCAAGCUAUUUCAGGAACAUUCAGGUUGUUGAUUCUUCCAACAACCUCAAGGCCCCCAAAGGGAUUGGCACCUUCACUGAGCAAUCAAACUGCUAUGAUGUGCAAACCGGCAACAAUGGGGAUUGGGGUCAUUACUUUUAUUAUGGAGGCCCUGGUAGAAACCCCAAUUGCCCAUGAUGAAAUAACCGUAGUCCCUCUCCGUCUCCCGGUGUAUCUCAUUCAAUAUAUAAGUGUAAUCCUUCCCCCCCCCCCCCUCGCUUCUUAUACCCUUUUUAGCUAGGUUGGGUAGUGACUUGUAACCUUGGCCGUAGUGGGAAAUUUUGAGUCUUGUGUUUGAAAGUGAAAAGGGUUCUUCUCCCUGUAAGUUUGUGGGGGAAUCUGUGGCCAAAAGUUUCUUCAAAGCUAUAACAGAGACAAGGCCUUUCUUUCUGCUCCUUGUAUUCUAUUUGUUUGUCUUACUUCUCUCUUGGGAGUGGUUUGCUAUGGAAUGAAUGUGAGUUCUACUAGCAGAAACUUGUAA